CUGUUCGCAAGCUAUUUCUGUUCUGCCGGCAGUCGCGGCGUGUGGGCUGAGCAGCGCCGCGGGCCGCAUCCUGACUUAAGGCAUGGAGGACGAAGCAGCGACAUCCACGGAUGUUAUGGCAACACCAGAACAAGUUCUGGCUGCUGGAGGCGUCUCCAAGAGACGCCGUGUUGUUUCCAGCUCCAAGAGGCGAAGUCCAUCGGGUCACAGACGGCGAGCAGCGACGCCUGAGCCACCCCAAAACUUGCAAAGUGAUCCAGACGAAGAAACUGAAAUGAGUGCACGUGCGUCAGCAAGCAACACGGCGGCUGUCAGGAGGAUCAGUACCGCUGAGAAAGCUUUAAUAAUGAAAAGAAGCCAUUCCUCGCCCGGGGAGGCACGACAAACUUUGUCUCCAGGCGAAGUGAAACAAGAAAAAAUUGCAUCAAAGCCUGCAGAGGCACUGGGACAGGAACCCGACUUGUCUCCAACUAAACCUGCGGUCACGAAGCGGAAAAGCACAGCAGAAAAGAUCCUGGUGACCAAACGGAGUCACUCCUCUCCUGGGGAGGGAAGGCUGAGUCUGUCUUCAACCGCGGGAGGCGAGAGGGAGGAACAAGGAGCCGUUGCGCCGCCGCGGAAUAGGACGUUCCCGUCUGAUGGCGUCGCGGGUGGAGAAAGUGCAGAUGAACCGACUGUCAGGAAACUGCAAGACGGGUUGCCCGGCGCGGAGCACGACGACGCCGGAGUUGGGAAAGAGCAGACGCCGUCCCCAACAGAGGCAGCAACAUGCAAGGAAGUGGUGUGCGCCAAACCGGCUCGCGAAGCGACCUGGGGACCGUUUUUCCGUGACGCGCGUCAAGAAUGGAAGAGAUUUGUGACCGAACACAGCGAUCAGUGGAACAAAAUAAUCGGGCAGAGGAACCGGUGUCUCGGCGCCCUCGUCGUCAUGUGCAUCUACUGCGGGCUGGGGGGCAUGGUCUUCCGCUUCACGGAGGGGACGUUUGAAGCGUUCUACAAGUGUGGCGUGAAGCGGGUGAAGCGAGACUUCGUGGACUCGCUGUGGCUCGGCAGCCACCAUCUGCUCGAGGACGAGUGGAAGUCCCAGGCGCGCAGGAAACUCAUGGAACUGGAGACGCAGCUCCACGCGGCGCACGACGCCGGCGUCACGACGUACAGUGGGCAGCGGUCCUGGAGCUUCCUGAACGCUGUGCUAUACUGCCUCACGGUGGUCACCACCAUCGGGUACGGCCACAUCUCCCCCUCCACCACGACGGGGCGGGCCAUCACCAUCCUGUACGCCAUCUUCGGCAUCCCCAUGUUCCUGAUCUUGCUGGCGGACUUCGGCAAGCUCUUCACGCGGGGCAUCAAGUUUCUGUGGGCCUUCGUGCGCCGCCUCUACUACACGGGCAGCUGCAGGAAGGUGCGGCGCACCGUGCCUGUGCAGGAAGUGAUGAAGGGAGUGCAGCUUGUGUAUGACUUCGCGACGUUUCGACGCCCGAGUCAGAUGGUGGGCGAGCCUGGAGGGGCGGCGCCCAUCGCCCGGCCCGAGGACGUGGAGCUGCAGGUGCCCCUCAACCCGCAACCGCAGCCCAACAUCCCCCUGGACAGCAACGAACCGCCGGGAACCCCCGCCAUCAGCACCUUCGAGGUUGACGACGAAUUCAACCUGCCCAUCUCCGUGGCAAUCGUCAUUCUGCUCAUCUACAUCUUCGUGGGGGCCUUCAUCUACUGGACGUGGGAGAACUGGGGCUUCUUCGAGUCCUUCUACUUCGUGUUCAUCUCAAUGUCCACAAUAGGAUUUGGAGACUUCGUCCCACAGCAUCCAAUGUACAUGAUGGCUUCCAUUGUGUACCUCAUAUUUGGCCUUGCACUAACAUCGAUGUGCAUCAAUGUUGUCCAGGAGAAACUAUCGGACAGUUUCCGACAAGCAAGCGCGAAGAUUGGUGCCACAAUUGGGCUGCGAGUGAAUGAGGAAGACGGCAGUAUAACACCGGUACCACCGCCACAGAUUGAGGUCCCUGAGGUCCACGGUACCGUCACUAAGUCGCAGUCAACAUGAAACAGCCAAACUCUUCACGGAUAUGGAGUUGCUGAUGUGCACAGCAUGCCGCAACACCUGCCACGCGCUUUGCCUGUAAGUGAAGGCACCCUCAUGCUCACCGACACAAAAAUAAUGCGUAAAAUGACAAAUUGUGCUGCUACUGUCACUGAAUUUAAAUUUUACAUUUUGUGAUUCGCUAUAUAGACGAAUGCUAGUCUUAUGGAAUGUGAUACCAUACAGUAUGGUAGAUAGGUACCAACACUUCAGAAAAAUGUACUGCUUCCAUCAUCAGAGAAGAAAGUGGAGCUGGUUUAUCCAAAACAUCUUCACCUAUGUAAGGAACUACAAUUGUGUCACAUCCCGAAAUACCAUAACCUUAAUGCUCACAGCUGUGAUUAUCUCAGCACUGUAUAUCUGCUUGUAUGGUGUUCUAUAUCUGACAUGCUCAUCAUGCUGAGGUGAGCUUAGCAAGAAGCAGAGAUCUGUUCUCAAUUGGCUUUGCUACUAGAAACAGGUUGCUUAUUAUGUACACAGACUGUAUAUGAACGUGAGAAGAGAAUUAUGUAAAUCGGUUCUUCAGUACAUAGCAUUUACUGCCAGAAUAACUAAUGUCUAUUUACUGAAGUGUCAAGUCAUUACAUAAAGUAACAAUGCGAUGUGUUCCAAAAAGCUCACCAGCGCAACUCAAAAUAUACACCGAAGUGGUGAUGGAUGGUACUGCCCUGUGAGUUUCAAAUACAGAAACUUUAAGGACUGCUCUUUUCUGGGAUGUGAUGAUAUUUUUUCUGAACGAAAGUGAACCUUUUAAGGGCCUCAUAAUCUCUCAACACUCCUUCGAAUCCUACUGGUUCCUGAUCUCAGUCCCCAUUAACCAUACUUCUACCUUACUUGGCUUUCUCUUCUACCCUGAAGAUGGAGGGAGCAGGUUCCUCUGAAAUGCUAGUAUGUACCUGCCUACCAGGCUAGAUGAUGUCACAUCCCAGAACAUCUACUUUUCACAGUCACAGCCACAGCCAUGACCUCAAAUCUCACACGGUAUGUUUUACUUUGAAAAUGCUGUACAGGAAAUGCAUCACUUACUUCCUUGCAAAGCACAAGAGCAGCUCUUACUGAUGUUUCUGUUUGUGUGCAGUAAUUUCAUAGAAGCGCAACAUGAAAAACUGAACUGCAUUGCAACUUCAGUACUCUGCUGCCUUACUACGUUGCUCUAAUUUCUUCGCACCGUCUAUACGACUUAUCUUCAAUGUGCCUUCUGUUGUUCUACUGUUUUAAAGUGUGUAAAUUCAAUAAUUUUAAAAGUUAACAUUUCAAGAAAUGGACUCGAUACUAGUUUCUAAUAUGAAAGAGUAAUUUUGUAUAGAUAUUUUGAAUGGUUCUACAUUUCUGCUGAUAUAAAGUUGUCAUCUGCUUAUAUAAAUACAGGAUGAAUAAAGGAUAAUGCAAUCUGGGCUUCA